CAGCGACGGUUAUUUAUUUGAAAUUUGAAUUUGUGGUGUUUGUUAAUUGUGUGGCUCGCAGUGCUAGACGUUAAAAUGACUUGUGCUUAAAAACAUUGUUUUGAAUUAUUCACCUUUUUUUCAGGUUUAAUAUGGAGAACGGAUUUGAUUUAAACGCGUUGUUGACUAAUCAUGAACAUCUCCAUAAAGUCAAACCACAACAAUUUACAAGUGUAUCCAAUGGCGUUAAAAAACGUCUUGAGAACACUAUAAAGCGCAGACAUAGCUGUCGACUCACUAUUUUUGACAAACUCCGAAAUUUACCUCAAAAUAGUCCAGUACCAAAAUUAACUAAAGAAGAGAAACGUAAACAAAAAGCUGAAGAGAGAAGGUUGCAACUGGAGAAAUGGAAACAAGAAAAAGAGAAAAAGAAAAAGCAUGCUGCUGCUAUUAAAAAAAGGCCAUUUCUUGUAGGUGCUGUAAGGCCUGCACCUCAGUUGGAGGAGUUACCAAAAAUAAUGCCUAGCACAUCGGGUAGAGUUACAAGAUCACAAGUAAAGAAAACAUCAUCUAUGGCACCAACCAAAACAAGAAAAUCAUUUGCACCUGAGAAUGCAUCUUUUUGCCCUCCAAUAAUCAAAGGAAUGGAAGAAAUACCUGUCCUUAUUUUGCCAUCUUCCCGUAAAGCAAAAAUAACAAUGGUUAGUUUUGAACCAGUUAUAUCAGAAAUCAAAUCAAAAAAUUCAUCAUUUGUUAAAUCAAACAAAGUCAAGGUUGUUAACAAAGAAAAUAAAAAGAUAGACUUAUUUGAAACGGUAGAAAAUAAGAAAAUUUUUAAAGUUGGAGAGAAGGGUAGGAAUAAGAAGAAUCAAAAAGCAAUAACAGUUGAGACCUCACAAUCUGAUGAAAGUGAGUCUGAGAAACUUAGAACCAGAAUUGGCAAAAACUUAAAUAACUCAAAAAAAAAUAAAAGACAUACUCCUGUCAAGAACUCUAUAAAUGAAAAACACUUUAUAGAUGAACCUAAAUGUUCUAAAGCUAAAGAAAAUAAAGAAAAGUCUGACAAUCUCCUAAAAAAGCAGAUAUUACCUGAUCAUAGUAUCUCUGAAGAAACAACAGAAAAUAUUAAACUUUCUCACAAAAACGAUAAUGGAAAGAGAGGUAAGCUGAGUGCUAUAACGAUCAGUAGUUCAGAAGAGAGUACCCCCAUUGAAAAAAGAAACACAAGAAAAUCUGUACAAAGAGCGAAAAAUACCAAAUCUAUAGAAUUAGAUUUAAUAGAAAUUAAGGAUGUUCCUAUACCUUAUAUUUAUUUAGAUAGCACAGACUCUUCACCCAGUAAGUCAUCAAUAGUGACGGCCAGAAAAUCAAAAUCAUUGCCUACUACUGAUAUAGGGUCAAAGACCCCUGUGAAACCUAUCCCAAAUAGCGAAUCUAGUUCUGAGGAUAGGUUGCGGUCUCCUCCAGAAAUUCCAUUGACCCCAGAACAGAUUUCAGAGGUAGCAAACCUAAACAGUCCUUGUAUCACAACUUCACGAGGGAAAGAUAAUGCAAGGCGGGAAAUGCAAAAGAAACUUAAAGAAGGUCUUCUCGCUGAACAUAUUGAAUCUAUGGACACUGUCAACCAUUUCCAUCGUCAGUUGAAUAUGGAAACAAAUCGGCUGACAGAGAUGGCUGACCACUGGGAAAAUAUAAUGGAACAGAAUACGCUACCUGAUUUUGUUCAGGAGGCAAUACUCGCAGCGGUAGGACAGGCCCGACUACUGAUGUCCCAGAAGUUCCAGCAGUUUGCUGGUCUCGUGGAUAGCUGUGACGCUGCUGAUCCGUCCCAACCGCUGGUGACUCCGGUUGAUCUGCAGGGCUUUUGGGAUAUGGUGUAUAUGCAAGUGGAAAAUCUAGACGUUCGUUUCGCGAAGUUAGGGGAGAUGCAGGCUCGCGGUUGGGCGCCGGAUAAGAAGCCUCAAGAGAAGAGGCGAAAAGCACCUCCACCGAAAGCAGCCAAACCUGUCACAACCAGCCGCAUUAAGGAUAUGAUUGCCGCUGCUCGUAAGGCAAAAAAGCAGCAAGAAGCUCCAGAGAGUAGCAAGACCUUCGAGGCGGGGUUCUUCAGCGUGCACUCUCCUAUCCGAAGUCCGGCACCGACCACUCCGAACAAACCCACCACUCUCCUAAAAGCCGUCCUCUCCAGCGAGGCGAAGAAGGCGUCUGCUUCUAAGAAUGCCGCUUCUUUCGCCAUGCUGCGAGCGUCAAUGAUUGGAAAGAACAUAGAACCGGAAUAUGAUUCCAGUAGUUUGAAUUUAAUACAAUUCACACCCAUAAACCUAAAAGCGACCCCCGGCCGCAGCAUUCUCAAGUCAGGGGCCAAAAACUCCCGCAAAUCCCUUAAAAUGGUCCUCUUCGAUAGUCCCGACACCAACCCUCUAGAUUCUUCUCUGGAUAAAGACAUCAGCGGCAUCCAAAGACUUGAAAGUGAAGACUCACCAAACUCAGAACUGGAAAACCCUCAAGAAGUGAAAAAUCAAGAUAAAAAAACGACCAAAGACAAAGAAGAUGAAAAAGAGGAUACGGAAGAGUCUACGGCAAAGGAGAACAUAGACCAGUUUAUGGAAAAGGAAAAUGACGCGCCUACGGAUGCUGAAACUAAAAAGAGCAAAAAAGGGCGGGGUCCUAGAAUCGUACGGCAGGACGCCGUCGAUUUCAGCCCGGUCAAGACCCGAAGCGGAAGAAAAUCUGAAAUUUCCAGAAAGGAAGUACUUCAAGAAGCAAACGGGAACACGCCGAGACGAUCCUUAAGGAGAAGAUCCAUGAUGGCUGAUAAGUUAUCCUGAAGCAUCUUUGGAACAUCUCCAAAUCUUUCAUUUCUGCUGCUGUGCUUUUUAAUGUUGUUCCUUUUAUUACUUAUUUUGAGCAAAAAUCUGGGACAUUAGUUAAAAUAGAUUGUUAAGUCAGAAUAACCAUUAAUAAUGUUUAGUUUUUAUUUGUUUUUACUAAUGAAUAGUGAAUCUCCAUAUUAUGCGAAAACUACUGAUUAUUUUUUACUAAGCUUUAAAUAUUAAACUAUGUACGUAAUUGGCAUACAUAAAUCUUUCUCUAAAAAGCAAAUCUUAGAAUUUCUUUCUUGCCUUUAUAAUGCCGUCAUCUUUCAUCUCAUUAUUAUUAAUUAUGAAAUUUUUGAUACGGACUAAUAUUUAUUAAACAAGUAUUUCUAUAUUUAUAACACGAAUAAACUCCAACCAAUUAAAGUUAUCUGAAAUAUGUUAUUAAUAUUCUGGAAAUAAAUAUGCCCGUAUUGUAUGGAUGCUGGAAUUAUGUAAUCAUUGGUUUGAAAUAUGUAAAUAAAGAUUUUCUAUUGUUUUUUUUAUUAAGAUUAUUUUGCUCGAACAGCUUUUUUUAUUUAAAAAGUAUUGACAGAUUUAUGUUCGUUUUCUUUAUAUUCUUUUGUCAUCAAGUUAUGAUUGUAAUAGAAAUUGUACUAGCUUUAAAAAAAUUAUUCAAUUAGUGCCUAAUACCUAGUAUGUAGUGGAUUUGUCACGUUUUAAUGUUUUUAAAUAAAUAAAAAAUUAUUUAAAUUUGGCUUUUGUU